AUGCUCUCGAUAGAAUGGACAGCAUCAGAAGGAUGGCUUGCUCCACGAAUAACGCCAUACCAGAAUCUCUCGCUUGAUCCGGCAACAUGCGUCUUUCACUACGCUUUCGAAUGUUUCGAGGGCAUGAAAGCAUAUAGGACUGCCGAUGGCUCCAUUCGCCUGUUCAGACCCAACAAGAACAUGGAAAGGCUCAACAAGUCGGCUGCCCGAAUAGCACUUCCUACCGUUGAUGGUAAGAGCUUCACCAGCUUGAUCGCCAAACUCGUCCAAAUCGAUUCCAGGUUCAUACCAGAUUCUCGGGGCUAUUCGCUCUAUCUUCGUCCAACCCUCAUUGGCACCCAAAGGACUCUCGGUGUUGGCCCGCCCGGAUCCGCUCUUCUCUAUGUGAUUGCUUCACCUGUUGGCCCGUAUUAUCCCACUGGUUUUAAGGCAAUCUCUCUGGAAGCAACAGACUAUGCAGUGCGUGCAUGGCCAGGCGGCGUGGGCGAUAAGAAGCUUGGUGCCAAUUACGCUCCAUGUAUUGUGCCACAACUCCAGGCUGCCAAAAGAGGCUUUCACCAGAACCUGUGGUUGUUUGGAGAAGAUGAGUAUGUCACGGAGGUGGGCACCAUGAAUCUUUUUGUUGCUCUGCGGGACAAGGAGACUGGCAAGCCUGAAUUGGUAACUGCUCCACUAGAUGGGACUAUCCUGGAAGGUGUAACAAGAGACUCGGUGCUUGCCCUGGCGCGAGAAAGAAUGGUUCCAGAGGGUUGGGUGGUGAGCGAGCGAUACCUCCGAAUGGCCGAGCUCGCCCAAGCAUCUCAAGAGGGUAGAAUUCUGGAGGUCUUCGGUGCUGGCACAGCAGCUGUGGUCAGUCCUAUUAGAAAGAUCAGUUGGAAGGGUGAACUCGUCGAUUGUGGACUCAAGAAAGAUGUAGAAGCAGGCGAAGUUGCUCUGCAGAUGAAAGCCUGGAUUGAGGGUAUCCAGUACGGAGAUGAGGAGCAUGAAUGGAGACAAUCAUCAAUUAUAGAUGAAGAAUUGCGAAUAGAGCGGUCUGUACUUCCUGAAGUUCCCUCAGCCUGGGUCUUGCCCAGCUUUAAUAAUCCACAACUACAUUUUGCGGUCCAGCUUGCUCGGCCUCGGAUUUUCACCAACACUUCAGAUUGCAGUCCAGCUUUCGAACAUCAGACCUUUACGGCUUCCUAUCCAACCAGCUUUCCAUUCUUUGCUCGAGCAACAAAAUUGGACUCUCGCCAAGCCGACGAGUAUUCAGCACCGACUGCAAAUUCAGCCAAUCUUCCAUCCUCACAAGCAUCUUCUGUACCAACCAUGUCUCAGACGACUCCAUGGGCCCUUCCUGUCCCCUAUUUCACCAUGGAACUCGAUACCGAAGAUCUAGCUUCAAAUAACGAGUACGGCAUCAAUGAAGAGACGGGGGAACUCUUCCAAUACCCUCCACCACCAACACCACCAUUCGAAGCACAAGCGGCGGCGUCCUCUGCGCCUGUUCUCGACCCUGCGCUUCCUCUCGACCCUGCGCUUUCUCUCGCUCCUGCGCCUGCUCCUGCGCCUGCCCCAAGUCGUCGAUCUACUCGCACUCGCCAACCUACAACCCGCCAGACUGCUACUGCACCUCGCAAGGCAACAACUGGCCGCGUCUACAAGACCACAGACAAGCACCGAACCGCCUCCAAAGAAGCCCACGCACAAUACAGAGACGGGGAAAGAGAAGCAGCCCGUGCGCUGCAGGGCAUGGUCCCUGGGGACUUCCAGUCAGACGAGGUACCCAAGCUUGGAGGAACGAAGGAGAAGAUGAGAGCGAUGGAGGAUGCAAUGUCAUACAUUGCGGUGUUGGAGGAGGAGAACCGAGAGCUCAAACGUCAACUUGGUGGUUGA